ACUCGCUCACCACGUACAAACAUGCUUUUUAGGAAUUGUGUUGUUUGUUCUGUUGUUCUGCUUUUGGCUUUACCAUGGGCGCAGGCUGCUCGAGAUUCAGCACCGUUCUCACUUGCCCCAUUCCCUUCAUUCAUGAUGAAAGAUUUUUUUCAAAUACAAAAAUUAAGCGAGAUUGUUAGAAAGGAUCCGCAUGUAAGCGAAGCAUUUUCGAUAGCAAGCAAUAUCAUUUUAAAAUUGGUUGGACUAGCCGAAAAUAUAAAGGAGUACCUGGUGCUUUCUGACGACCAAAUAACGGAAAUAACAAAGAGAUGGUCCGACAGUUUAUCCCAACCCUUGGAAGAGCUAAUCGCCCUGGUACUGAAGGGAAACAAUAGGGAAGACAGUAAGAAACAAUUAGAAGAAUUAAAGAAUCUAUUGGAGAAAUACCGGAUUUUUGUUCAAAAAAUUUUAAGUAAUUUCUUACACCGUCUAGAAAUCAACGACUUCUAAAUGACUAAAACAUGUUUCUGUGACAUUCUCUACGAACUGUUGCUAUCAAAUAAUUUCAUAUUUGUACUAAAUU